AUGAUGCCGGAUAAGCGCAAUAUGGAUGUUUCUGAGAAAGACGACAACACUACUACAGCUGUCAGCCCGGAAAGCAUCUUGUACGCACGAGCUAGAAACAGGCUGCUCGAUGCAGUCGCCAAACGAUUGGUGGAAACAGUUGAGCCGAAGACUGAUCCUUUGGUAGAACAAGUCCGAGAUCAAUUGCCCAAGGAAGCAGAAGACGUCCGAAAAUUGCCCUUUUACAAUUCCACGUUGCAAUCACUUCAAUACCAACGAGAUCAGUACUUCAUGGGAACCAAAUAUGCCGCAGACAAACAAGCAGCACAACAAGAACAACGCCAGCAGCAACUGCAGCGAAGAUCCGAAUCGUACGAUGACGAUGGGGAAAACAGUCUUCCCUUUCGCAGGAACAAACCCCCACCAAACCCUCUGAAAGCUCACUACGAUCCCACAUCACUAGCCAGCCAACAGACCAUUCCACUGGGUGCUUCCUUUUUACCAUCUCCCUUGGUUCACAAUGCUCUCUUGCCCAUUGUGGUGGGUUUGCCCAAUGGUGCUUUGAGGGAGCCUAUUUUGAAUGCCACUGUGAAUUCCAUUCCCAUGGCGCAACCUGCUUUGAACGAUGUGGUGAAGAAUACCAUGAUACAAUUCUUAUCGAAUCCUCAUUGGAAAGAAGUUGUGCAGAAUCAAACCAACAAGACACUUAUCGGGAGUAAUCGUGGCUAG